AACGUGACCUUCCUGCUGUUUGAUAAGCAUGGAUGCGGCAAGUGGAGAACACAACUUAAAGACUACUGAAGACGUCUUCAGAUCUGUAGACAUACCGUGUAUGUUUUCAUAACUCUGAAAACUGGGAAUUCACCUUUUUUUCUGAAACUUUCUGCUCAGUUUAAUCGAGACGUAGCGACAUGCUAGCAGAGACUCGCUGCAUUUCCUAGUUUUUUUUGGCACUCCAGAGAAAGCUGUGGUUUAAGAUAUUUCCUAAUUAUGUUACGAUUACUCGCGACCGAGGGUUUUUAUGGCCUCUGGAAAUGCAGUCGUCCUGUUGUGUCCUGUGUUGUCAAGAGGAAAGCCAAAAGUUUUCCACCGAUAGGCCGCGCACACAUCAUGUGUCGGACCUUUUACACUGGGAAUCCAGCAUGGAAGGAUGUAGACCAACCUCAAACAGAUGAACCUGUGGAAGCAGACACAAUAGAUCUGGACAAAUGGAAAUCAGUUAUGAGGUCAAAGGCUACAUCAGCUGAGAAAGUCGGUGAAGGAGAGCAAGCAAGUGAUGAAGACAGCGUUGACCCAGCAGAUGAUCUGGAGAGCAGUGCGUCUUCACUAGAGGCUACUCGGGAAAUGGUCGCUAUGUGGGGUGAAGCUGGGAAGCAUGUACCCCAAGAGAUGACUGAUGAAGAGGUGAGGACGCUGGCACAGCUCUCCACCAAGUCUGCCAGGAAGAAGUUCCUCAAGUUUCUGGCCAUCAAGGAGGCCCAUAGAAGGACCACUAAGAAGAAGCGGGAGAAACAGAAGGCAGAAAAAGAAGCCUUGAGAGAGCAGAAAAGAGCACAGGUUGGCGAAGGAGCAGAAGAAGAGGAUCCGAGAGCAGAGGAGCUUAAACGGACAUUCAUUCGCAAGUUUUGGGACCGCUCCUUGGACCAGCUUCUGGCCUGGAGGUGUGCUCAGGCCAUGGUGUUUGAUCAGCCGCUGGUGUUUGACAUGAGCUAUGACUCCAAGAUGACCAGGAAGGAGAUGGGGGACACGGUCUCCCAGCUAAUGGAGGUAGAAGGGUGGAACAGGCGUGCCGUUGAGCCCUUCCACCUCCACUUCUGCAACCUGCAGGAAGAUGGGGCCUACAUGGCAGAGCUGCUCAAGCGCUACGGAGAAGAGACCUUUGCCCGGCUGCUCAUCACCAGCACCCACCGUCAUUAUAUUGACAUGUUUCCCCAUGAGCAGCUUGUGUACCUCACUGCAGACUCACCCAAUGUUCUCCGCAAGUUUGACCACUCCAAGGUCUACAUUAUUGGUGCUCUAGUGGACCGCAGCAUCCAGCGUGGGUUGUCUUUAGCCAACGCAAAGCGUCUGAAGCUUGCCACAGCACGGUUACCACUAGAUGAGCACCUCCGCUGGGAGGUCGGGGCCAAAAAUCUAACCCUGGACCAGAUGAUCCGCAUUAUGCUCACUAUUAAGGAGACUGGGAAAUGGGAGGAAGCUCUUGGGUUUGUACCAAAGAGGAAGCAUGAUGGGUUCCACCAACAAAAGACAGAAAAAGUAACACACAACAGCAAAGUCAGAGGGGUGACAAACCACAGAAAAGAGCUGGAUGUUGACCUGCUGUUGAGAUCUGGAGCAGUGAUUUAUAAUAAGAGUCCAAGUCUACACAGAUCAGGGUUUGAUAAAGCAGCUGUAACCAAAGUUCGUACAUCAUUUAAGAGCAAUGUGGAGGGAAGAAAAAAUUUGGGGAAAAACAAGAUGUGAGGGGAGAUGAAAAAAUGACUCAAAACAUUGAAUCUUGUACUAACAAUGAAAUAUGUUUAGUUACCUUCUGAGGAAAAACUGGGACAAAUUGUGAAAAAAAAAUGUUGAGAGUGGGGUUCUUUGAUGCUUUUCUGUAAUAAGCAAGGUAAAUCAGGCUAAUAAAAGAAAAAAUACAUUUAAAAUG